AUGGAAAGGAAUGUUCGAGCACCACGACUCGACUUCCUUCAUGAGGCUUCUACUGCAUCUAAUUUACUAGAUAGUCUGUUUGACUGGCAGUCUGCUCUGAAUUAUGGGAAAUCUAACAAUGCAUUUGAUAAGGUAUGCCAUAGAAGGCCGCUGAUUAGACUGCAGUAUCUUAGAGUUUCUGGCCCGCUCCUCGAUUGGCUGAACUUAUGUGAAGGUGCAUAUGACCGUAGUACGUUACAGUUUUUUGAUAGACAUCACUGUCGAAGUGGUGUCCCUCAGAAAAGCGUUCUAUCACCAUUCCUCUUUCUCAGUUAUACACUGGAUCUAUCUACGUUCCUCCGAGAUAAAAAUUCAAAUGUAUGCUCGCAGCAUACUGUGUCUCCAACAAAGAUGUCAGAAUGGAUGACCUUGUUGGACUCUCAGUCAACUUCAGUAAGUGCUCCUUACUGCAAGUGGGGAAGGGAUUUUCCGCCAAAUUGUGAAAUCAGUGGUUCCAUACUAGAGAGCUGCAGUAAGUUAAAAGAUCUUGGAGUUUUGUUGCGAACGAUUUGA